ACGCGCACGCACACGCCUCGCCUGCCUACCUGGCAGAGUUCACUCACACAACCUGUAGACGCGACGCGUGCAACCGGCCGCGCCGUCAGUGUUUUCAAUGAAUGCAGCAUCCGCCUGCUAGAUCGUAUAACAAAAUGAGCUCGUGCAUUCGUCGGUGACCAGUGCAGUGAGGUCGGAGCAGGAUGCCCUACAUCAUGGUGAUGGGCAACCUGAGCGCGCCGCAUCUGGCCAACAACGAGGGUGCCACUGUUUACGGGCUGAAGAACGAAGAACGCGCGACUUUAGUGCGGGAUCUGAACGCCUCAUUCGGCAUGACCAUCGCCACGCUAGUCGACUCCGAGCGCACAGUGAAGGUGCAGAAAGGGCUCACUCUGGUGGUCGUCAACCGCAUCCACGCUCUGCUAGGCUAUGACGUCACAUCCCACGCCAUGGCCAUGACAAAUGCCAACCGGGAGCUGGUUUCCUUCACCAUGUACAAGAAGUCGAGCGGUCAUAGCCAUGGCCACGGACACGGCGGCCCGGGCAAGAGCAGCAGCCGGCGCAAGUCGCCCAGCAACAACUCGCAUUCCACCUCGCAAGGCGGUGGCGGCGGCGGCGGUGGCGGCGUUGUCACACUCUAAUGAGAUGCACGUGUAAUGCCAUCAGGCGAUAGGUUUUGCUAGAUUAGGUGCAAUGAUACUUUCGCUUGGUUGUGAUUGUUAAAACAAUAACCGUGUCUAUAGGUAGAUUUUGGUAAAUUGUCUUCAGUUAAGUACAUACGUCACUGUACCAAAAAGCGUGCCUCUGUAACGGGAAACACUGGACAAUCCGGCAAGAAUUUGAUUUGUGUAACCUAACGUGUGAUGGACAUGGAUACCACAAACUUAGCCGUUAAAGUAGGAUAUAAACUUAUUUUAAUGGAACGUUAUGUUAAAUCAUAUUAGUGCAACUUCAACACCGAAGUAUAAUGGAAAUUAUGAAUACUUAACUCUUGUGUUUAAUUGUGUUGUCCAGCUAAGUUUAAGACAUGUCCGGAGUAGUACCAAGUGGUACGAAGGCCGAAUCUAAAAGGUGCCGUUAUUGUCCGUCCAAUUUUGGCUGUUAUGAUUUUAGUAGAUUUUUAUAUUUUGUGUUUAAUUGUAUAUUUUUUUAAUAUGGAGUAUAAUAUUAUAUGUUUUUGUAUCACUUAUGUAUUGGUAUAUGUUUAGAUUUAUAUUACUUGCUAUUGGGUAAAAUAUUGUUGAAAUAAAAGAGUCUGGUUUAAAACUGUUUUCAUUAACAGUUUAUUCAUGUAGCAAACAUGUAGCAAAUAAUAUAAAAGUGCUAGUUAGGAAUGUAUAUCAGUCUUAACAAUACAAUAUUUAAAUACAAAACAAACCAGUGUUUCUUUAUAUACUAUCAUUGAUAUAAUAAAUAAACCAUAUCGCCGUUACCUGUAUAAAAUUUUAAAA